AGGAAACGAUGGCGCCAAAUGCCAGUAUUCACUUUUAUGUAAAUAUAUUAACGAUUUGGAAUGUGUGGAAAUCAAAAAGCGUGCUCACGUUGUGUGGGUGAAUGACAGCCAGGGAAAACGUGGGGGAUCGUGGGAUCAGAGUGAGUAAAUUGCUAAUGAGGACAUUCUGUGACAGUGCCGUGUAUACGCACUUACGCCGUGUAUACACAUUUGCUUACAUUUAUCGCUCUCUGCCCGGUCUCGGCCGUCCUCGUGUACUUUCUUGGAAAUGCUCACGUGCGCGAAAGUCUAUUUCAUCUAAAUAGAUCAAUAAUAAGGUAUUAAUGGAGGAUGAUUUCCGCCUGUGUGUGAGGAAUCCUGUGCUCGUGUGUGGACGAUGCUGCUGCCAUCUGGAUUGUCAAUGUUGUUGGACAGCAGGAACAGAGCAAUGGAGUAAUAAGCAUUUUCUCCCGUACGAGUGAAGUUUUCCCACGAUUUUCAUCUUUCGUCCGCGUCAGUGUUUCGGCGUUUAUUCAUCGCGCGCCCCCAGUGACUCCAUUCGCUUGUGAAAUCUCUCGAAAGAACGCACGCUAUGGUUCCCACUCAAUGUUUACAUGUUCUCUAGGAUGGGAGCAACCUUCCACGAUUUUCCCCGAUAUCGCGAUUCCCCGCCAAUCCUACACGUUCUUGCGUCAAAAGUUUUCCGAUACUCACCCCCUGGACGAUCCACGUCGCCUCGGAUACCCCAGUUUCCUCGCGGAUCUCACUUUUUUAUAACCUCUCCCCCUUCCACUAGCAGCAGUGUAAUUGUCGUCUUCGGUCCACCUCCAGGAUCAUAUUUGCACCGGUUAUUUUCAUCUUCUGCAUGGACACCGAUGCUGCACACACGUGAAUUCCAUUCAAUGUUCAAAAGGGCGCUUGUAUUCCAGAUAAUAAAUUGCUGGAUAGCGAUGUAGAUGCGCACGGCUUCUCUGCAUGUGCCGCAUACCACUAGCUCAUUUGGUAUAGUAGAAUGGCACAACGAGGCAAGAGAAUCAAUAGAAAUGACAAUGACUCGGCGUCUGGCCCAGGCGCGAUUAAGAGAAGAAAAUGCAAAUUGGGCCCACCAGUUGCGGGUGCGUCGACAUCAGCGAGCACCCUUGGGCCCUCUGAGGAGGAUGAGACGAUGGCUUCUACCAGUCAAGGGGGGGCUUCCUGGACCCCCCGACCUCUCAGUGAUAUAAAAAUAUCGAGUAUAUAUAACAGAUCGGCUACUGAGGCCCCGGCUGAACUGUUUCGUAAAGAUUUAAUCAGUGCGAUGAAAUUACCGGACAGCGAGCCUCUGAGUCCAAAUGAGUACUGGGUGAUUACUGAUCAGUGGAAGCAAGAGUGGGAAAGAGGGGUCCAAGUACCCGUUAAUCCAGACUCACUCCCUGAACCUGUUGUCGCUGUUAAUCAGACUCCUGUUGCUUCUACCAGUUCAAACAAAUCUCAGGGCGAAUUCAAGUUGCCGAAAAAAUUCAUCAGAAUAUCCCGGGACGAUUACUUCAAUCCUGAAGAACAUAAUUUGAGUAAUACUCCCGAACGAGCUGAAAAAGCAUGUGCUUAUGAUCUCGACGAUACCGACAUUGCUUGGCUUGAUGUUCUGAAUGGUGAAAGAGCACAGGCUGGCCAGUCGGCAGUUUCCGAGGCACAACUCGAACGAGUCAUUCAGGAACUUGAAGUUAAUUGCUGGCAGAGGAUACAAGCGAUCCUCAAAAAUGAAGAGGGCCUCGGCAUCGAGUAUGAUGAGAACGUCAUUUGUGACGUUUGCAGAUCGCCCGAUUCAGAGGAGGGGAACCUAAUGGUUUUCUGUGAUUCCUGUAACAUCUGCGUACACCAAGCAUGUUACGGUAUCACUUCUAUUCCUGCGGGCCAGUGGCUAUGCAGAACGUGCAACUUGGGCCAGCGACAAAAAACUGUGUGUGUUUUGUGUCCAAACAUGGGCGGUGCAAUGAAAUGUACGCGAGCUGGCGAUGAGUGGGCGCAUGUCUCUUGUGCUCUCUGGAUUCCGGAAGUCAGUAUCGGCUGCGUUGAGAGGAUGGAGCCGAUUACGAAAAUAUCCAGUAUUCCGCAAAGUCGGUGGAACCUCGUUUGCGUACUAUGUCGUGAUCGCGUUGGCGCCUGUAUCCAGUGCAGUAUAAAAACGUGCAAGACUGCUUAUCACGUAACAUGUGCUUUCAAGUAUGGCCUUGAGAUGAGAGCUAUCAUCGAGGAUGAAAUGGCCGAUGAUGGUGUCAAAUUAAGGUCAUAUUGCCAGAAGCAUAGUAGAACGAACACAAAAGAUAAAGUCGGUGUUGGAGGAGGUGCCGGUAAUAAUAGCACGAAAGGCGGUUCAGAUUCGGAAGAUGGCGAAUCUAGAAAACGAAAGCGUAAAGAGAUGACUUCUGAGGAGAAAAAUCAGGCGCGCGCUGCUAAAUUACAAGCAAUCGAAGCAGAGUUUGACAAGCACGUGAGUCUAAAUCACGUAACGUCUCAACAAUUAGACGUUGAUCCUGACGCGAUUGUCUAUAUUUACAACUACUGGAAGUUAAAGAGGAGGGCCGGCAAUAACAAACCUCUUUUGGCUCCGCAAUGUGGCGAACUCUCGGGUGCAGGAGCGCGAGCUCAAGGUCAAGCGGCGGACAAUGAGAAGAUGAAAACAUUCGUCCAAUUGCGUCAAGACUUGGAGCGAGUGAGAAAUCUCUGUUACAUGGUUAACAGGCGAGAAAAACUUUGGCGAUCCUUAUUGAAAAUUCGGGAGCAAACUUUCCAUAAACAGGUUAAGAUUAUGGCUGGUCCACCUUUGCCACCUACCAUGGCUGCUGCGGUCUUGUCGGCUAACCAUGGACCCUCCAUCUACGAUCGUCUUUUAUCGCAUCCAGACGUUCAAGACUACCCACGAAGUAUAGAAUCACUACUGCUUAGGAUAUCGGGCGAGGAGUCCCCAACGCUUUCAUCCAGCGACGAAAAGAAGGUUCAACCGAACUUCAAUGGAGCCUCCAAGAAGAAAAUAUUCUUCAAUGGUUCGGUGAGGAGAAAGAGCUCGUAUGCGAACGAAGCGUCUUCGUUAAGCAGUAGUGAGACAGACGUAAAACCACCACCGAUCAAGUCGUCAGGAAAGUCACCGAGUAAAUCACCCGCCAAAUCACUUAACAAAUCCGCGAGCAAGUCUAAGGCCGUCAAAGUCAAAGCGGAAGACUCCAGCACCGAAGAGGAAGCGAUCGCCUCGACGAAAUCGAAGGCUGUCAGGAGAAAGUCGAAGAAGUCUAGCGCACCUGACCGACCUCGAAAACCCGUCCGUGACAGUAGUGAAAGUGACAAACUAGACACGAGUGGCACUAGGUCGCUAGCACUGGAGCACAUGGAGAGAGAACUCGAUGUUUCAUCGGGAAGUGACAGCGACGACCUUCUGCCUCCAUGUAACGCGAAUCCCACAGCGAGACAUGGUCCGACCUCCAUCUCAGCUAUCUAUUCUUCUGAUUCCGAUUCGCAGGAGCACGCUUCACAUGCUGGUGUUCUAAUUACCAAAGCUGCCGUGAAGGAGUUUUCGGCCGCGGAUCUCUCAAAAAACUCACAGAAAUCCUAUGCUGGCAAGGAGUCGCGGCAAGAUCAUACGGAGGAUGGGGUAAAGAACAAAGAGAAUCUGAAGACUGCAAAGAAGAAAGAGUGUCCGCCAUCUACGCUUAUAGUUCCACAAAGACAGGCUGCGAAGAAAGCGUCCGAAAUCAUGCAGCGCUCGCAGGGUAAGAAAGAGUUAACGGUGGAAAACUCGGAGGCAGUGAAGUCAACUCCUGAGGAGAAACCUGAAAAGCCUGAGAAACCUGUGAAACCUGCGAAAGAAAAAGCACCUUUAAGGAAGCAAAGAGAGGGAAGAGGCGGUAAAGAUGGGAAGAACAAUGACAUAUAUGACUUUGAAAAGGAAUACGUGGAUGGUUCUGAGAUUCUUGCUUAUGUUCCGCAACGUCAAGCAGCGAAAAAAGCCGCUGAGCACAUCAAGAGUGGCAUGGGCGCUAAGGUUGCCCCUCAACCUGAGCCAGAAACUAUGGAGAUCAAACCGAAGAAAGAUUCGCCUGAGGCAGCCAAGAAGAAGGAGCCGCGAAAAGAAGAGUCCCCGAAGAAAGAGCCGCGAAAAGAAGAGUCCCCGAAGAAAGAGCCAAGAAAAGAAGAGUCCUCGAAGAAAGAGCCCAGAAAAGAAGAGUCUCCGAAGAAAGAGAUAAGAAAAGAUGAUUCUCCGAAGAAGGAAGAGUCGACGAAAAAACCUAAAAAAGUGCAAGAAAACAAAGCACCUUCGUUGCACUCGAGCAAUAGUGAGAGUAGUAGCUCUAGCAGCUGCAGUAGUUCUUCGGAAAGCAGUAGUGAUACUGAUGAAGAUAGAAAUUCGACCAAGGAUCAAGCACUCUCUUCGAGCACAUCUUCUGAAAGCGACUCCGGUCAGCAAACCAAGAUCAAGACUCCGGUCAAACGUCAGGUGAACAAGUCUGCUGAUUCCUUUGAUGCUGAUAAGAAAGCACAGUUGGCGGGGCGGAAACUCAAAAGGCUGCCGGACAAGAAGCUUAAAACUUCCGACGGGCGGCAUGGACCCGAGUUUCAGCCGCCGCCUACUGAGAGAGAGGAACCAAGCAGAUCCACAGUGCUCAGAGAGCAACAACCACUCAGCAAAAAGACCGAACACCGAGACGCUACCAAAAAGCAAUUUCCCGUACCAACAAAGCAACAACAGCACCAACAUCAACACGAAGAGCAACAGCAACCUGAAUCAACAUCAUCAUCUAACCAGAGUGUGCACAGUCGGUCUCGAGAUAAUGAUGGGCCAAGAAAUUUAUCUGGGCCCAAGCCUACAAAGAAAUCGAGUCAGCCCACCAAACCUCAACAAACUACGUCCAGGAACAAAGAGGAAAGCCCCUCAAGUAGAGCAAAACCUGAAGCUCGAAAGCGAAAAUCUAGUGAAACCCCCCAAAAAGAGGAGAAGAGUAGCAAAGAGGCGCCUUUGGUCAAGAAACUGGAAAAAAGGGUGAACGACAAAUACCAGAAGAAACUCGAUGAAGAGAGGGAAUGUAGAGAAAGGUCGAUAGAACGGGAAAAAGAGCCUGAUAAGGAGAAACUGAAAGAGAAGCUGAGUGAAAAAGAAGAUAAAGACGCAAAGAAGAAAGAUAAAGACAAGGAUAAGGAGAAAGAUAAGGAGAAAAGCAUGACUCAGUCGCCGAAACAGUGCAGAAAUGAGGCGGCAGUAGAGAUACUUUUAAAAGCGGAUGACAAGAAAGUGAAGAAAUCCACAAGUAAGAGCGCGAUCAACAUCCUGGAAGAGAUAAACCAGAGGAAAGCUGAGAGACCGCAUAGCACGAAAAAGUCGUCCAGGGGUUUGGAGAAGCUUUUGGAGAAACGCGAACAUCUUGAUAUGUUAUCCAGGAAUAAAGACGCUGCAAAACAGAAGACUCAACAGGAAAGUGUCGAGAAGGAGCAGAAGUCAAAACCGAUUCCGGAUCAAGUUUCGAAUGACGAGGACCAAAAGAAUAACCCGAGAAAGGAAAGCACAGUUUGCAGUAAAUUGGAACAGGAGGUUGCAAAGAGAGAUCCUGCGGAGACAGAGGCAGAGAGGUUAAUCGAAAGGCGAUCAUGUGACCAAAGAUCAAGUGACCGAAGAUCGAGUGAUCGUAGAUCGAGCGAUCGGAGGAUAGACGAGGCUGUCGCGAGUAUUCAACAAGAAAGCCGAGGUAGGAAUAAAGAAGCACCGAAGGAGCUACGAGAACACGAAAAUCUAUUCACCAAACCAGUUCCUGAUAAACUGACCGUAAACGAGAUUAUCGAGAAAGAGAGUCAAAAACGAAGAAGAUCAAUUAAUCAAAGAUCGAUAUUCUCGCCUCAACACGGCAGUAAAGAUCCGAGCGUUUCGGAGCUGUUCGACUUUGAUCACGACCUUAUAACGGAUGAAAUGGUGAAUGACGAUGGCUUCAGUAUACCCCGAGACGUCGAAGAACGCGCACCUCCUCUUUCAUUUCAAUUUGCUAACGAACUGUGGUUUAAGGAAGACUCUAAAGAAGACAGCGCGAGGGAAACUUUGAACCUUGUAGAAAAGCUUCGGAUGGGCCUUAACAAAAAGUCGACAACCAACCAGUUUGAAGGGGGGGAUCCUGCAUGCGAUGAUGAACUGAAAAAGGAGGAGAGACUUGCAGAAAGUACGAAGGAACAUCACCCCAAGCCAGAAAAGGAAGCAAAUAUUGUGGAAGAACAGACACGCCCACCCGAAAUAAAGAGCAACGACGUUAGGCAAAUAAGUGAAAAUAUCAGCUACAAGAACCAUAACUACGAGAACAAACAGAAGUCCUGCUAUGAGAAUAGUGGCGAGCCACCUUAUGUUCCUUACGGUAACGAAGAUCUCGAAAGCGGGAAAGUUGUGGUGAAUGAGAGGCCUAAAUUAGAUAGAGCAGCAACAGAUGAGCGAUGGGUACCUCCCGGUAUGGAAACCUUUAAUCCUAGCGAUGUUCACGCGAUGAAUGCGCUUAUGGAAAGCCAGAAUCAUCGAUAUGCUGCACAAUUCCAGAGUGAUAUAGCUGCUGCGAUGUCUGAAAGCAACGCCGAAGCGUUGGUCCAUUCGCAUCUCAAUAUAAACAUGCAGGAACAUUAUCAACUUUUGCAGCAAACGCAAGCUAUGGUGCGAAAUCAGCAGCAUUUAGAUGCCCACUCGGAUGGUAGAAUGCAGCAGGUGCCAAUGAUGGAUCAACAAGUUGGUCAACUAGCUGGACAAAUGGUAGACGAUAUCACACCUAUGGAGAUGGUCAACAGGCACUUGAUGAAUCUACCAAACGUGGAAGAACAAGGGAACGAAAUAGACCAUAGUCUAGAGAAGGAGGAUAUGGAUCCUAGGCAGGAUUAUACGCAGAAUGGAUCUCCUUAUGAUAUGAACAUGUCGAGGCAGGAUACGCGCUGGGCGGAAAGUCAAGUGCUACCUUCUCGUCGGUCAACGUCUUCAUCCAUUACUUCCGCAUCGUCGACAGAGGAACAUUCUGCGAUUCCUCCAUAUAAGAAUAUACCACCCAUUCCAUUUCCUCCUUGUUCGAUGGAUCCAGGACCAUAUCAUUCAUAUUCAGAAUCUGGAGUAUCUUACCCUGGAGCUGUGUCGCUCUUUCCACCACAGUCCUGCGCUGCACCGCUUCCUUACCCUUCACCGGGAGGAGGUAUGUUUGGUAUGUUUCCCCCACCAUUUGGUGCACCAUUCCCAACAGCACCGUCAUUGCUUCCUCAUGUUUCGAAACCACUAGAAGACUCGCUCAACCUCCAAGCUUCUCCGUGUACAGCAGCAUUUACCUCAUCUUCACACAACAUGGCACUAACAGCAGCGAUGGUUUCACCCACGAAGACCACAACACCGCCACCUCCUCAUCCACAUCAGCCUUCUAUUCCGGCGCCUCUCCCGUCCUCUGAAACGGAUCAACCCGACACUCAGGAUCACCAAUCCCACGUCAACUCUCCAGCAAUUCCGAUCUCUUUCCUCAACAACGUUCCCGAACCUCGAGAUCCAGAUUUUCACGAGGCCGUAACACAGGUUCCGGAACCUCGCGUACCAGAACCUCACAUACCAGAGUCACGAGUGCCGGAACCUCAUGUGUCCGAACCCGUCGGAGAGAAUCCUCAAGGUCCUCUAUCAGAAACGAAGGUCUCUCAACCAGGCAAGAAAUCACCAUCGAAGCCCACCAGGACUUCCGCGCGGGUUACCUCAUUGCAAGCAAAAUCGCCCGGGAAAUCACCGCGUCAAGAAGUAACGAAACCCGCACCAAGCUCCCGAGGUCGGGGCAGAGGCACGAAAAACUCGCACCAAGCAGGAUACCGAGGUCGAGGUCGAGGCCGGGGACGAGGAAGGGGUCGAAGUAAUCAUAGUUCAAUCGCUGUUAUAUCUCAUGUGCACAAUGACGAUGGAAUUCAAAAUAAGCUCGUCGGAACUGUCUACGAUUUUGAUUCCGAUGAGGAUUCUACGAGUGAGGCGAACAUUGCCGACCUGAGAACUAUGAGAGAGAGGAAGAAGUCAACGGAGGUUAGCGAGAAGCGAGAUAGCUUGGGUGGGGCCAGUGAUGGAAUUCAUUUACAUCUCUCCAGUCCAGGAUUGCACAAGAAGUAUGACGAUAAAGGGCUUUCGCCGCCUUCCACGCACAGCGACUCAGCUCUCGCUGAGUCCGAAGCUUCCGGUCAGACCUUCACAGAUACUGUCCUUCCUCUUCUGCCCGGUCCCGUCGAUAUGAGGACAUACAAUUCCUCAAUUGAUGCUCAAGGCUCGUUGCUACACGGCCAGUCUUACGCUAAUCAUCUCCUGAACUCAUUCACGAGCGUCUCUGCAGAUCAGCCGAUUCCGGAAUAUGAAGAAGAUAUUGAAAAAGCAUUGAUAACGAGCAAACACCAACAGAUAAUUGAUCAGGAUGUGAAGCCAAAUUUGAAUAUCCUUAAUCCUGGAUUAAAUAUCAUGUCGCCAAAUGAUGGUGGAGUGACAAAGGUCUCGUUGAUGGAUUCGAGGAACCAGUUGAAGGUGAAGAUCAAAGGACCGUUCUUGGACGAGAAUUACGUACCAACAGCUGUUGUCCCACAAAUGGCCCAACAAGCGCCGGUCAUCAUUCCCCCUACAGCUACUAGUGCUUCCGUCGCCUCUGGUACAUCCAAUCUUAGAAGGAUGCGAAAGAAGGAACUUCUUAGGCAGUAUUGUUCGCAGGAUAUGAACAUGGAUGAUCAAAAGAACGUGGCAUCAGCUCCCAUAAUUAUUCCCCCAGUGAAUCGAACCGUCAUCACAAUCCCAAAAGCCGUGGCGUCCAUGACCACCUUUCCAACCCGAGAAGACUACAAGGACGUCGUUGACGCGAAUAUGGAAAAGAAACGAAGAAAAGAUCGUGGCAGUUUUCUUGGCAACCCUGAAGAAGAUCCUAACUCAGAAAGGCGGCGUAGUUCCGUUGUUACUGGUACUGUGGAUCGCCGACGUGCUAGGCAAGCGCGACCUUCAACCGCCUCCGUUGUCAACAGCGGUCCACCCAAGCUCAAGAUCAAGAUUGGUAACAGCAUCAUUGGCCAAUAUCCGCGCAAUCAAGAUGACAGUCGCAUCAGGCCGCCAAAGAAACGCCUCAGCAGUAUCAGCAGUAUGUCCCAUAAGCCUAGCAUAGAGGAUCUCAAACGAGAAAGCAUGAAGUUCCGGCGGAUGAUCAUGGCAGGCUUUGACAGCGACGAACAACCCAAGGCCAAGAGCAAGAAGGACAAAAAUGGGAAGCGCAAAAAGCGUCAGAACAAAAAGGAGGGUCGCGUGCAGAUUCUAGAAGAUGGCGAAGCACCUCCCAAAAUCAUCAUCAGGCUAGGCAAGAGCAAAAUUACUCCAAGUGAAGAAAGCGAAUCAAAAACCGGCCCCGAAGAGGGCGCUCGGUGCAGCGACAAUACCCGAGUCAACCCUCCUCCAUUUGAACCCUCCAAGGAUGAGCCAACCUACCCCGCGGACGUGCAGGUGAAUGAGAAGCAACCUGCAGAUCCCAGUGCAGCCCUCGCCACCAUUGGUAACGUACGUUCCGCGAAAGUGACACCGAUUAGGUUAAAAUUGACCCGAUGUCAUGAGGGUUACGAACUCAAAGCACCCGCGGCGAGCAGUGCGAGUGAGGACAGCGCGACAUCAAACUCUGGUCCGUCGGCCUCUGGCUCCUCGGACACUACGCGCACUAAACCUGUGUCCGAAUCCGCAUUUGCGGCCAAAGACUCGACGGAGAAAUCUUCCAAAGAGGAGGAUACGCCCCUCCUGAAUCAACCCGUCACUCACAAUUCGCCGGGCUGUCCGCCUGCACCGCUCCCGCAAGGAUGCCAAGUUAGGUGAUAAUUAAUGAUACUUGUAUAAUACAGUAAUUUACGGUUCUUAUUAGGAGAUAAAUAUAUUUACGUGCGAUAUCCACGUACGUACUGUGUAUCAUAUUCAGUGUUGAGACAGAGACUUUCUAGAAAAGGAAAAGCAUUGUAAGUGUGUAAUAUAAAUUAUUAUUAACUAUAUGUAAAUGAUCUGAGGGUGAAGUGAAUUGUCACAAAGUGCCCAAAAUUCACCGUAAUUAAUUAACGCAUUUCUCGUGGUGUAUCGGACAUUGGUGAAUCGUAAGGUGUCUUUCGUUAACGACACAAUUUUUCGUCGCAGAUCUUUGGUUCUAGACUUUUUUUUACUAGCGGUACUUUGCAUUGGUUUCUUCGCGAUCAUAAGGAUUUCGGACAUUCUUACGCAAGAAGGUUUCAAAUAGGUUCAAGUUUUAGUUUUUCAAUUAACUAAUGAAUCAUUUAAAAAUUGACAAUUUACAUAUUAUAAAUUGAUUCAAGGAUUUGUAAUGUCUUUACCAAUUUAUGACUUGAAUUUUACGAUUGAUAUUAGAAAUAAAAAUCUUAAAUUAAAGUAGUCCAGAUACUGGAAAAGCUAGUCAAAACCACAUCUAAUAUUUUUUUUCUCGAAAUUUGGAAUUUAAUCAAAACAUUUUCCAAUUUAUCAAUGAAUAAAACGAGCCUUUAUUUUUUAUGCUGGCGAAUAUUAACAAACUAUUUUUAAAAUAAUAAAAGGUAUACUGAAAUAUUCAUUUAACUCGAUUCGAGUUGAGGUCUUGCACUACACCGCUCGCGUCAUAUUUCACAGAUCUUUUUUUUUCGAUAUUCUUUUAGUAAAAUUAAUUUCAGAUAGCCUAGUCAAACUUAUUUCUCAGUCGAAAAAAACUAAUUUUGAUAAUUUUUCAACAUGGCUGUUCCAAUAGCCGUACCAUUUUGUGUACGUGUUCUUUUUGACUUAAAACAAGUUUUAGGAUUUUGUGCCAAACAAUAUCCAAUUUUGUUUUAAUCCGAUAUUUUUUAAAGUAAUGACGAUAAUUAACUUAUUCUUUUUCAUUUUGAUGGAUGGUUUCUCAAUGUUUGGAAACCCUCAAAAAAGUUAUUAAAAAGUUUAAAGUUAAGAAAUUGACGACCAUUUUUCUGAAAAUAAAAAGUAUUGGUUUUUAUACACAAAAAAAAUUGAUUCGUGAUAAAGUCCAGUACUACUACUAAAUAGAAACAUUUUUAUUUUAAUAUUCUCGUCGUAAAAUUCAAACUAUUCCAGAUUUAAUUUAUUUAUAUUUAGGUCCUAAUUUUCUGAAUUAAUAUAAUUAUUCAUUCAUUAUGGAUUUAUUGAUUUGACUUAUUUACUAAUAUUUCUGAAGACAGAUAAUUUUCCAUAACUCUUCAUAAUCUGUUAAAAAAAACAAUUCAUGCUGUUCUUUCUAUCAAAGUUUUUUGAGAUGUUAGUUUUUCAUUGCAUGAAUAUUUUAUUGUUAAGAGAAGCUGCAAUGUAAUUUUUUUCAAAUUUGCAUUCUUUAUAUAUGCAUAAAUAUUUCGUCUAAAGUGAUAUUGAUAAAAAAUAUUAACAAAGGCCAUUUUUAAGUAUUUAUUUAUUUUCUUAAAUUAUUUAAUAUUUAUUAUUAAAUUACAUUGAUGAUUGUUAUGUUUUAAAAGUAGAGGUGUUACAUGACGAAAGUACUGGCUUUGAUAAAAAAUAUUUAACUAUACCUUCAAGAAUCGCAAUCUAAUUAAAAUUUUCAUUUAACAAAUCAUUUUGCUUUUUACCAAAUUUAAAAUAAUAAAUUUUUGAACGGUCGAAAACAUUUAAAAAAAUUUACGGACAACCACUUAUGAAGAAGCUUCAGCAAAAAAUAUAAUUUGUCAAAUAAACAGUGUUUUUGUGUUUAAUUUUUUUCAUGAGCAACAAUAUUAUCUAUAUUAAAUAAUAUCUUCAAUUAUAAUAUAAAAAUGUUCGAUACUAAAAAUUUUUUUUGUCUAAGACGUUUCCUUUCGUUUAUUAUAAUAUUUUAAAGCCACUCAUGCAUAAUAUUCUCUUUUUUAUAAUGUCUUUUUACACUUUUUAUAGUUUUAAAGUAUGCAAGUGACUUUAAAUAUUCAGACAUAAAGUUAAAUAUUAAAAUGGCAGAGAAGGAUCCCGCUCAAAAUGCAUGCAAAAGGCCUUUCGGUGAAAUUGCCCCAUUACAACUUUUGAUAAGCAUCACAUGAAGCAUUAUAAACCCGAGCUAUUAACUAGUCUGGCCAAAAGGCCUUUUCCAUACAUUUUUGUGGGGCUUUUUUCUAAAAAAAUUAAGCGGGUUCUUUAAAACCCUGUAUUUUUUACAGAUAAGCGUAAACGUGAUCUACCGCAAAAUUCUUUAAUUUCUACACUUUUAUAACUUUGCAAUAUAGUAAAAGAAAAGUAUCCACGUCGAAAAGGCGUUUUGUCAAUUCCCGUGCAAAGAAAUCGUCUGUAGAACUAAUAACAGAAUAAUUAUUCGUAGAGAUACAGUAGCGUUUUAGAAAGGAUUAAAAUACUCUUCGAGUGAAUAGUACAAUUUUUGAUAAACUCGAGAGAAAGUGCGACAAGUGGUGAGUUAACGUUUGAAGCUGCUCAAGUUACGAUGGAUACCUUAGCAGUCGCCAUAGAUUUGAAAUUACUCUGUACAAGAGAAGAUAAAACACAGUAAAUCAAUACUUCGACCGUGAUUUUUAAACGCUAGGAGUAACAUAUUUCCGAAGACUAUUAAUCAAUGCGAAAGUUAUGUAGUAAUCGCGGAAAGGAAUCGGGAAAUUUUUUUGCAGAAUUUGUGAAUUUUCUUAGACUUAAUUUUCUCUCUUUUGGCAAAUACAAUUUCAGCCCUGCUUUGAAAAUCAAGACUUAGGGGAAAACAGUGGAAAUUUGCAAUAUUUAGGACUGAGUUUGUUUAAGGCGUUGAUACUUUUAAAUAUCGGAAUAUAAAAUUAUUAUUGCGUUGAUAUCGCGAGGAAAAUGGAGGCUAGAAUGGCGAAUUCCCGCUUUUAAAUUGGGAUGGAAAUUUCCAAAAAGUGUUUUGUCGAUAAUUAAAAAAAGAACGAUAAUCAUACGUCCACUCGUUGCGACGAGCCUACUUUUGCAAAGUACUGUUCUGUCGAGUCAUUAAAUUAAGUUUGACAUUUUGUAUCACUUUUUUUAUGUAUAGUUGCAGCUACGGUUUAAUCUAUUUGAGAAAGUAUAGAUUUUAUAUUAGUUACGUAGUUAUUACACUUUUUUUAAAAAGAAAAGAAUUUCCUUCGCGACCUCACGCUCUCGAUUCUGUGCGUAGCGUAUAUUUAUUUAUGAUGCGAGACAUGAAGGAUAUUAUUUAUUGCGAAAUGAUAAAAUUUUGUUGAGGAUUGCUUCGAAAAAGAGGAGGAUGAAGAGAUGGUAAAUGAAAGAGAAAGGCUGUAAGCGACGCAUCGUCGGGUUACAAUUUCUAAAUACUCAAAAAGGUUUGUGCCAUUUUGUACCGGUGUUAUAUUGUGAGUUACGGGUCGGGGUGUCGUAGGAAGAAUACGGUUAUUUCGCGAUCACCAAUCGCAGUCUUGUUUUGUACCAACGAGUGAGACCAAAAGUCAUGAAGUUUACGCCACUAGGUUGGUCAAAAAUCAUACCUAAUGAAAAUUGGUUUCUUUUGCUGCAAGGCAACGACCUGCCCCCCCCCCCCCUCGCCUAAUUUCUGAAAUUAUUGAGAACAAGCUUCUCCCCGAGUUUCAGCCGAAGCGGUUAAUAUUAACACAUACCCCAUUGGCACCAACGUUCCCAUAAGAUCACAUGGAAAAAUUGGUGUUUUUAGAAAAGUGCACGGAAAAAGUAAGUUGUCGAAACUUUACUUGACGUGUAAAACUUAAGAAAACUCCACAAAUUUCUUAAUAUUCCAUAUAAAGUUUAUCACGUCGUUUAAGAAAAUCCUCGAAAUAAUGUAAAUAGUCUGCAAAUUAUUUAAUGAUUUAAAAUAGUGAGGAUAUUCUGAUAGCCGUGGAAUAAUUUGCGGACUCUUUUAAACUUUCAAAGAUUGUCGUGAAGCUUGUAAGAAACGUUGUGCGAAAUUUCUAGAACUUUGUGGCCCGUUCUAAAGUCUUGACAGUUAAGUCAAUUUUCGACCAUUUAUUUUUUUCGUGUACAAUUCACACUUCAGGGUAGAAAAUUGCUAUGCUGGAGAGUGCCAGUAUCUUCUAAAAAGCCCUAAGCGAAUAAUAACUGUUACAUUAAUUUCCUAAACAAAAAUGAGUACCUUAUAAUGAGUAGUUCGGAAAACAUUAUUUAAAACAAACAAAUUGUUUAUACAAUUGUACUAAUUAUACAAAUUUAAAAUGAAUAAAAACAUGUCACUUGUCGCAUUAUAACCAUUUCGGGCAAAAAAAGGAAUAAACAUUACUCAUGUAUGUCAAUUUUACGCGUAGUUGUCAACUUCAGUUUCACCGUGCUUAUUAAGAAUUUGAAAUCCUGAGCCGUGAAUUGCAUUUUCAAGAAAACAAACAUUUUCCAUGGCUGUCUUGUGGGAGUGUUAAGUUUCAAUAUGGUGCACACUUCUUAAUUAAUAUUAAAUGAUUUCACUAAAACUCUGUGGAAUUUUUUUCCAAGAAUUUCUUAAAUUAAGGGGGGGGGGGGUCGUUGUCCUUGUCUCAAAAGUCGAUUUUUCAGACAACCCCAUUACGCCCCCUCUGAAUAAUGCAAGAUAGUUUGAGAUGAUGCUCAGGUCGUUUAGUCUUAAAAGUAAUAAUCUAGAGUGUAGUAUUUGCAGGGCGAAUGCAACUUAAGUCAUAAGGUGAUUCGCCUCACUCGAAGGGAACGACGUCUAAUCAAAAGUUCAAGAUCCCGAAUUGUAGUGCCUAGAUGUUCCAUGAAAGUUUAAUCAUACACUAUAACAUACGGGAAAUCCACUCAAACUCAUUCGACUGUAUAUUUUUAAUUCUUGUAUGAAACCGAAAAAGAAUGAACUUCGGAACUAUUUAUUUGUAACUUCAUCACCUUGUGUCUCACAAUCAGGUCUCGUGCGAAAAUCGAGGAAAAGCUAUAGGUUGAACAUGUUGUAUAUAAUCUUAAUUUGUUAAAUAUUCUUCGCUAGGCGAAUUCGUCAUUGAUGUACGAAUUUUAUAUAAAGGCUGUGUAACCAUACGGUCUUAUCUUCCACGCACCUUUUGUUACACUCAAAAUAAUAUUGUUAAAACGCAAACUGCGCUACUCUAACGAUACAUCUUCCACUGAGCUUAUUUUUCUAGAUUCAUGUUAGUAGUAAAAUCAGUUGCUAGCGAAAUGCUCGCUUUCCAAUUAAAUCUCAAGUUGGAAUCUUACUUCGACAAAACUUCAAUACUUCGAGGAAUGUCGAUUCUCGCAUUUGCAAUUUCGUCGAUUGUAAGAAGAAAUUAUUUGAGCUGAGAAAUUUUUGAGUUACCGCUUAGCGGCUGUGUACAGUCUUUAAAAUAGAAUAAUUUUUUAUGACCUUUUUUGUAUCUUAAAAUAUUCGUGUGGAAUAUUUAUUGAAUAAAUAGAUAUAUACAUACAUAUAAAUAAAUUCAGUGAAUUUUUUUAAUAUAAAAAUAAAAAGAUUUUUUAAAAGUACAGACGUUUAAAAUUGAAAAAUAUUUUAAAGACUGUUCACGUGACACAAGUAAUCUUCCAAUUAUUGUAAGGCGGAAGGGUUUGCGAAAAAGGUGUUUAGUUUUGCUGAAAAUAUGGUUUAGCUUCUUGAUUCCGUAGGACCUCUGUGUACACAGCUCUUGAAGAAAAUCUUCUAUCCUUAAAUCAGGACGCCAAAAAUGUCUAUUCUAUUUUUUCGAAUUUUUAUUUUAUUUUUGUAUUACAUUGUGUAUAAUAUCGAUAAAUCAAAGAGCCAUGUAAAAUUUGGUGUCAAACACGAACAAGUUGGUAGCUAAUGUCGCUGUUUUUCAUGAUCUUUACUUAGUUUGUAACAAUUUAAACGUAAAGAACACGCAAUCGAUAAGGAAUUUUCAAACCCAUACUUCAUACCUUACAAUGUACUGUAUAUUAUAUCUAUUAUUGUCAGUGAUAAGAAAAAUGUUUUAAGAGCCUAUAUUGUACAGAACAUGAGUAACACAAAUUUGUUUAAUUUUUAAUUGUUUCUUACGAUUAACGAUACCGCUAAUAAUAACCAUGAGAAAUCAUAGUUACGAUAAUAAUAAAUUUAAUAUUAUAUAUAUAUAUAUAUAUACAUAGUUUUAUUAUAAUGCAAAUGAGUAAUAUGAUUUUUAGUUACUGUACAUAGUGUACAAGAGGAAGCUGGUCUUGUAAGAUAAGGUGUUUUAAUGUGCACAUAGCCGCGUCAUUGUCAAUAAUCAUAUUACUACGAUUAAUAAUAAUUACAAUUUUUUAAA